UAGGACCGCACCUAGUAUGACCGCACGCUAGUCGCAUUAUUGUUGUUGUCUGUUUCGUUUGGUGGACCAAAAAACAAGAAAAUAUUAGCUAAGCGAAAAGUUGUUAAAAUAUAUAUGUGCAGCGGUCGGUGCAAGUGCUUUAUGGGUACAUAGUGCAUAUGUACACAACGCGACAUGGGCAUGGUGGAGGCGUCAACGUCGGAGCUGCGCCUGGAGGCCCCCAACUCGUACACGUACCUCCUGGCGACCGUCAGCCUGACGCUCACUUUCAUCGUGAUGCUGGGCGCUUGUUUAUGCUGCAAGAAGCGGAUCCCCAAAAAUGACUUGAUGGGCCUGGAGGGCAUGGUCAAGCUGAAGAAUCCGGAUGAGGUCAUUGUGGUGACCAACCUGGUGGGCAACAGCGAGUCCCAGGCGGAGCUGAAUGCCUCCACUGUGUCCAAUGCGGACUCGGAGAAGCGAUCGAGCACUGCUGCCCAUCGCAGUUUGCCUGACAUUCCCGUGGCCGAGAGCAAUGAUAAUGGGUCCGAACUAUACGAAACCGUGGCGGACAAGCAACUGUUAGAUGGUCGCAAUGCCCGUAGCCAAAGUCCACAGCCAAGCAUGAAGAAACAGACCAGCGUGUCGCAGCACAGCUCCAUUAGCCAGGCAGACGAUGUAAGUUCGCCGUACUCGCGGGUGAAGGGUCUGCCGCACGAUUACGCCAAGGUGCGGGGCACCGAGCAUCCCUACGCCCAGCUGAAUGCCCCAUCCACGUCCCAUGCGACCAACCACAGCUCCACAGCAGCAGCUGCGGCGGCGGCAGUGGUGGCCGGAUCCUCUAGCGACGGUAUAGAUCCAAUGCAUCGCAACUCACAGCACAGCGAUGGGUCCAGGGAGCACAAUGACUCAGCGCCGUCAGAGGCUGAGAUUCCAGCUGCCUCUGCGAUUGCAGGUAUGAUUUCUGCUAGCCAAGAUCUUCCCUACAUGACGCCCCCCAUCGCCAACCAACAUUUUAGUGGGGACUCACAAGACUCAUCGAAGGGAUACACAAGCAUUAGUGUGAGGGAGCCGCUAGCGAACAUUUUGGCCCAACAGCCACCAGGGAAACCCCCGAACAGGAACCCAACAUUAUCGCGGGAUGUUAAUGACUCUCACUACGCCACUGUUUCUGACGAUUCGGAUGAGACUUAUGCGGCCAUUGAGGAUCCCAAUAAUCGUCAUCAGGCCAACGCCGCGGAUAUAUACACAAGCGGAUCGGAGACCUACGCGCAAAUCCAGCCUAUGCAGGCCAAUCCCAUAGUGGUGGCUGUCGAGAUCAAUAACAGCAGCAGUCUUCCGACCGCUAGUACGUCCGCGGUACGACCCACCAGCAGCAGUGGUGCUGAUCAUGCUAUGCCAGUUCCACCGCCGGUGGACAGUUUGCGAGCCCAGAUGCACUCGCGUCAGGCCUCAUCCUCGUCGAACAAUAGCUCGUCUGUCUGCAAUUUGGGGUCACCCAAACCGGAGAAGCGCCAGGCGAAUUCGCCACUACCACCCACGCCCAAGGCAAGUGCAGGCCAGUCGCAUCAUUUGCAGGCCGGUAGUAUUAGCAACCUAGCCUCUGGACGGAAUUCCGUCAUAUCAGUGAUCGAAGCGGGCGCGGAAGGGCACGAGGCGGAGUCUGGAGAGGCGUCGCCACAGCGCAAGCACAGCAAGAGCCUCAGUCCCUCCAAGGAUGGCGAGGGCAACAAAAACAUUGAGGGCAUGUACGCGAAGGUCAUGAAAAAGCACAAAUUCUCGAGAAACUCGCCGUCCUCUCAAAACAGCUCCCCUAUUCUGGCACGGAAACAGCAGCAAGAUGCUUUGGGAGUCAGUCCGCUGGACAGUGCUGCGGCGUUGUUAGUGGAUGCCCAGAAGGGUCGCGUGCGAAGCAAUAGCUAUUCAGCCAAGGAUCAUGGGUAUGAAACGAUUCCAGCCGACGGACAGAUGAUGCACGAGAAUCGGAAGUCGGAUUGCUAUGCAGCCAACAUGUUACAAAAGGAAAGACAGCAUGAAGGAGGAGCGAUUGCCCAGCCCGUGACGAUAGCAACAGCAAUAGCGAUCAGCGCCAGCGCAAAGCACUACGAGACUAUUCUCAACAAGACACAGCCGCCCCCGACGCCGUCCAGGAGCAACAACGAUCCUGGCUACGAGCAACUGCAACCGCAUCCUGUUACCGCAGGCGAGGAUGAGGCCAAAAAGUCUGACUAUGAUCCUAACUACGAGGUGCUCAAAAGUCGUGCACACUCAGACGACGGCUAUGCGAAGGUGUUGGAUAAGAAGCGGCCACCCGCCAGCGCUGACGCCUCCGGCUACAGCACCAUUCCCGGGGCGGAUGCCAACCACAACUAUGCCAGCAUCCUCGAGACAAAGGCCGCUGCGGAGACGGAUCAUUAUGCGCGGAUAGCGGAAAACGCGGUGGAAGGAACGCCGGGCAGUAGCAGCAGUCGCUUGACCCCCACAUCGCCCAGCUCCACAUCCAAUUCCGUGUCGCUUAACUCUUCAACGAUUGCCACCAGCACGCCGAUUUCCUCGCAAUAUGAGUCGCUGACGGGUACGGGCAGUGAAACGGAUCCCAACUAUGAGUCGGUGUGCUAUCUCACCACGGCGUCUACUACAGCGACGACCAACACUAGCAGUGGGAUGGAGCCCGGCUAUGAACCGCUGCAGACGGAUCAGGAGUCGGACACGCAGACGAGCAGUCCGCUGAGUGGGGCAGCAUUCACGCCAAGUGAACAGUUGCUAGUGGACGACUACUUUCACGUGUAGCCCGUGUUCAGUGAGCUGGAUCUCCCCUCAUCAGUUUUUGCUAAGCAAUUCUUCACGCACAUAUCAUCCAUUCAAUGCACAGACCACACACAUUAACGCUUCAUCGUAGUUAGGAACGGCGACCGCCAAGCGAAAAUCUUAGAUUGCACUGCAUCGGGUCACUGACUCACGGGAAAAUCGGGACACCAGAUAUCUGUCCCCCACAAUGGGACAGCUUCAUAUCGGUUUGCCCUCUAGAAUAUACAUAACUUAGCUUUAGGUUGACUUUGUGUACAAACUAUUUGUAUGAACGGCUCGACAAUUGCUUCCGGGCGAGGGUGGGUAAUCGCUCCAAGUAUCUACUCCAUUAUUAUUAUUCUAUCUCAGUACCAGUGCGUCCUAUUUUAGGUAAAUUAAAGGCAGGGGUCUCACUUGACGCGCCACUUGUUUAAAUUGAUAAGCACACCGGCGGUCGUUAGUGGGUUGUGUUUAGGCCAAUGAUAUUUAAAUGGCGGGCGGGGGUAAUUUACCUACAAUACACAAAUGUAUAUUAUAUAUAUUUUUAUAUGUUUUGGCGUUUUUGCUGCUUUUUUACUUUACUGAGGUCCGGUAUAGGCGUAGGAUAUACACGUAUUUACACACACAAUACCCACGAGAAGGCAAGCCAAGUAUUUGUAUUUGAUAAAUGUUAAUGGAACACUUCCAAGUAUUCAACCAUCAAGAAACUAAGAUAAAAUGUUCAAUAAAUUAUUGAUGACAUAA